GGCUCUCCUCCCAGUUACUGAUUAAUGGCUCUGUUUGCUUUGAAUGUUAAUCCCCCACUAAGGACUGCUCAGAAUCCCGCCGGAUGAUGGAGAGAGCAGUCCUGUGCCUUCUGCUCCUCACCUACCUGACUGCAACCUACGCCAAAUUACCAUGCAUGCUCAUCAUGCCCAGCGUCCUGCAUGUGGAGGUAGAGGAGACUAUUGUGUUAGAUGCCCAUUUACAAAAAAAUCCAUUCAAGGCUGAAAUUACUAUCCAAGACUACCCUCUAAAGAAACUUCAGGUGGCCAAGGCCGAGGUUACCCUGAACAGUGCUAAUGGCUUCGUGGACAAAGUGAAUGUAAAGAUUCCCGCUGACCCUUUUGUGAAAGACUCUAAGCAGAAGCAGUUUGUCUCGGUGUCUGUGAGGUCGGACACCUGCAGCCUCCAGAAAAUUGUGCUGCUGUCAUUCCACAUCGGACACAUCUUCAUACAGACCGACAAGCCCAUCUACAACCCCGGGAGUACAGUUCUGUUUCGUCUCUUCGUCACUGGACUCUCCCUGGAGCCCAACUCACGGACGGUGGAUGUGGAGUUUUCGAAUCCUGAUGGCAUAGUUGUGUUGAAGAGCCAGUAUUCUUCCAAUGAGCAAAGUGUGAUCAUUCAAAAGAGCUUUACCCUUCCAGAGAUUGCUAAUGAGGGAAUAUGGCGGAUUACUGGCAAAUUCCAGGUGGCUCCUCAAGAAGUUUUCCAGACGGAAUUUGAGGUCAAAGAAUAUGUUCUGCCAAGUUUUGAGGUUUUUCUGGAGACCCCACAGAAUUACUACUUUGUGGAUGACGAUCAAUUCACCGUGGAUAUUACUGCAAAGUUUUUGCACGGGAAGCCGGUGGAUGGCUAUGGAUAUGUGGUGUUUGGCGUAAUUGUUAACAAUGUCAAAAUCAGUUUACCACAUUCAGUGACCAACAUCACGGUGAAAGGUGGAAGAGGACAAGCCACUCUGCAUCGUUAUAUGAUCACCAGCCGAUACCCGAGCCUUGAAUUCCUCCUUGGAAACUCACUCUACGUCAGCGCCAAGGUGUUAACCAAUGCAGGCAGUGAUUUCGUGGAGGCUGAGAAGAUCGACAUUCCUAUAGUGAAGACCGCAUUCAAAGUGCUUUUCACUAAAACCUCCAAAUAUUUCAAGCCUGGCUUACCCUACAUAGGAAAUCUUUUGCUAAAGAAACCAGAUGGGUCAGCGGCACCAGGUAUCGAGAUUUGUACAGUGGACAACGAAUGUGCGAAAACAAACAGGGAAGGAGAAACCAAGCUUGUCCUCAACACCAAACCCGACAUCCAGGAAAUGCAAAUCCAGAUGAGAACAAAGGCUGUAGGUAUUCCUGAUCAUAGACAGACAGCUGCCACAUUAGUUGUGAAUGCUUACAAACCUCUGCAUGGAUCUCAGAAUUUUUUGGAUAUUAGAAUUCCAUCAACCAAAGUCAGUUCCGGGGACACUCUAAAUGUUCAGUUUGUGCUGAAGACCAAGAAUAUAAACAUCCAAAGAAGCUUCACAUACAUCACCUAUAUGAUAUUGAGUAAAGGUCAAGUCAUAAAAAUGGAACGACAGCCUCGAGAUCCUGAACAGACCCUUAUUGUGAUGACACUCUUGGUCACUGAAAAAUAUAUGCCUUCCUUCCGCAUUGUGGCCUAUUACACCGUGCCAGGCGAUCAGAAUGAAAUUGUGUCGGAUUCUGUGUGGGUGGACAUGGUGAACUCUUGCAUACAAAAGCUUGACAUCUCUCCGGACCCAAGAAGAGGAGUCUCCGAGCCUCAACCAGGGUCAACGGUGCCAAUGAAAAUAACAGGAGAACCUGGAGCCAGUGUUGGGCUGGUGGCUGUGGACAAAGCUGUAUUUGUCCUGAACAAGAAGAAUCGGAUGUCUCAGGACAAGGUUUGGGAUCAGGUGGCGAAAAGUGACCUUGGAUAUACCCCAGGUGGUGGCAUUGACAAUGAAGGGGUCUUUACAGAUGCUGGGCUUUCUGUGGAAUCCAAUAUGGGCCUUAGAAAUCCAACUCGAUUAGACUUACAUCAGGAAGAACAUCGGAGAAGAAAGCGGUCAGCACUCUCUCAAAGGAAAGCCAAGAAAGCGCUUGAAUAUACAGAUAUGUACCUGAGGAAGUGCUGUCAAGAUGGAAUGAUGGAAAACCCCAUGGGCUACACAUGCACUAAGCGUUAUGAGUUUGUCUUAGAGGUUGGGGAAUGUGCCAAGGUCUUCUUGGAAUGCUGCAAGUUCAUCUUUGAACGCCAAACGAUCAGAAGAAAAUUUCAAAGGCUGCCUAUGAAAGACAUGACGGUUUUUCGCCCUUCCAACACAGCUACGUCAGAUGACGUAGAAGAUGAUUUAUACGAAAAGAUGGAAAAUUUCAAUUCACGCAGUAUUUUUUAUGAGAGCUGGCUGUGGAAAGUAGAGACUCUCCCCAUGAAAGCAGAUUCGAAUGGGCUUUCAUCAAAGGUCUUUGAUGCCAAUUUACCAGAGUCAAUCACCACCUGGCAAUUUUUGGCCAUCGGUAUUUCUCCCAAAUCAGGAAUCUGUGUUGCGAAACCCUAUGAAAUGCUUGUCAGGAAAGACUUCUUCAUCGAUCUUCGGCUUCCAUAUUCAGUGGUCCGAAAUGAGCAAGUGGAGAUCCGAGCCAUCCUGUACAGUUAUGUGUCUGAAAAAAUUGAGGCGCGAGUGGAUCUGAUGUACAAUGAGAAGAUGUGCAGCUCCGCAACGAAAGAAGCCAACUUCCGCCAAGUGGUCAAAUUGGAGCCGAUGGCCUCCAUGGUUAUCCCAUUUGUUAUUGUUCCUCUAGAGACUGGGAACAUUCGGAUUGAAGUAAAAUCAUCAGUCAAAGACCAUUUUAUGACCGAUGGAGUGGUUAAACAACUAAAAGUUGUACCAGAAGGAAUGAGAAUCCUUAAAAAUAUCAAGAGCGUCAUCCUGGAGCCUCUACGUUCAGGGGAUGUUCCUGGACUACAGGUAUUAACUGUUGACACAUUUCCACCAAAUGAUAUUGUACCCAACACCGAGCCAGAGACCUAUGUCAGUGUCAAAGGUGGUCUUCUUGGAGAAACACUGGAGAACUCCAUUGAUGGUGCCAAGCUGAAGAACUUAAUCACUGUGCCAUCUGGUUGUGGAGAACAGAACAUGAUGAGCAUGACGCCAACUGUGAUUGCCACCCAUUACCUGGACGUCACCAACCAAUGGGUAAAAAUUGGACUGGAGCGCCGAGAUGAAGCAAUUAAGAACAUUAACCAAGGAUAUAUGCAGCAGCUGGUAUAUCGGAAAACUGACAACUCUUACUCUGCCUUUACGAACCGACCAGCAAGCACCUGGCUUACUGCAUAUGUGGUGAAGGUCUUCUCAAUGGCUUACAAGUUGGUUCACAUAGAUAUAGACAUUCUAUGUGGUUCCAUCAAAUGGCUCCUUAAUGAGAAACAGCUACCAAAUGGCGUAUUCAAGGAAGAUGCCCCUGUCAUACAUGGAGAGAUGGUGGGUGGAACUGGAAACACUGAACCCGAUGCCAGCCUGACAGCAUUUGUCUUGAUUGCCCUCGUGGAGGCAAAGAGUUUUUGUAAAGACAAAGUCCCGAACCUGCAGUCUGGCCUGGAUAAGAGUGCUGCUUACUUGGAGGAUCGGGUGAAGACAUUGAAGAAAACGUAUAGUAUCUGCAUCACAUCCUACGCGCUGUCCUUGGUUGGCAGACUCCCCAAUAAUGAUAAACUUAUGAGAAGCUCAACCGAUGGAACCCACUGGGAUGAUUACUCCUCUGAUCUCUACAUGAUUGAAUCAACCUCCUACGCUCUGCUUGCUCUCCUCAAGAUCAAUGACUACACCUCGGCUGAGGCGGUGGCCCGAUGGUUGACCGAGCAGAGAUUCUAUGGAGGAGGCUAUGGCUCCACACAGGCCACCAUCAUGGUGUUCCAGGCUAUGUCAGAGUACCAGACUCUUUCACCUGAAAUCAAUGAAGUUGACAUGGAUGUGACUCUGUCUCUUCCUGGGAGAGCAGCAGAUCUUACCUGGAAGAUCAACACACAGAAUAUUAUGCUCCAGCGCAGUGAGAAGACCAGAAUGAAAGACAAGAUUAAAGUCACUGCCAAAGGAAGGGGAACGGGCACCUUAACGGUGAUGUCCAUCUACUAUGCACCAUUAGCUGAAGGAACCGCCCCCUGCAAGAAAUUUGAUUUCUCUGUCAAGCUAGAGGAUGCACUAAAUGACGUGAUGCCCAUUGGAGCCAAAAAAUCCAUGUUCAUAACCAUCUGUAUGAAAUACCUAGGAGACAGUGACUCUACAAUGACCCUUGUGGAUUUGACUCUUCUCACAGGCUUCACACCUGACAAGGAAGAUCUCAAUAGGCUGACAAAUAAUGUGGACAAAUAUAUUUCUAAAUAUGAGAUGGAUACAGAACGUUCCGAACGGGGGUCCUUGAUUUUAUAUCUGGACAAGGUGUCAAACCGCGAGACUGAAUGUCUAAAGUUUAAGAUCCAUCAGAAUUUCGAAGUUGGAAUCUUACAACCAGCAACGGUCACCAUCUAUGAAUAUUAUGCUUUAGAAAACCGGUGUACCAAGUUUUAUCAUCCGACUGAGGAAGGGGGAGAGCUGAAAAAGAUCUGCAAGGACGCUGAAUGUCACUGUAUUUCAGAACGAUGCAACCUUAGGAACUCCUACAAGGGAAAUCUGGACUCUGCUUCACGAGUGAAUUUAGCUUGUCUUCCUGGGGUGGACUAUGUAUAUAAGUGCAAACUGGGUAUGAUUGAGAAGACGGGGGCCUAUGACAUCUACAUCAUGGAGGUCCUACAUGUCAUCAAGAGGGGAUCUGAUGAAUUACAGGAUGGUGACAAACGGCGAUUUUUCAUCCACAAAAGCUGCAGAGACUCAGUGGAGGUCCAAGUGGGCCAAACCUACAUCAUCUGGGGGAGCAAAGAAGAUAUAUGGGAAAUGCAGAACAAGAUGUCCUAUGUCAUCAAUGGUGGGACGUGGUUUGAGAAUGUCCCCUCCGAUCAGGAGUGCACCACCACCAGGAAGAAGGAGUGUAAAGAGAUGGAAACAUUUGCUGAUGAUCUGAUGCUGUUUGGAUGCCACAACUGAGGCUGGAGUCCACCUGUCCAGUGUCCUCUGCCUCCAGCCCCUUACCAGAACUCACUGAGGUGCCCUCACACUGCAAGUGUUCCUGAGAAGGCUGGGUGACAACCAGUAUGGCCACCACUGUGGUUGUCACAUGAUCCAGCUUUCCCAGAGUUGGGAAUGGCCCAUCACAUAUGUAUCACUUCAUAAGAAGGCAGGUUUACCAUCCAGGAAGGCUUGACAACAACCCCUGUGGGGCCUUAACUGAACACCAUGUUGGUUGUCAGACAGCUUCCCUAGAUAAAAGGACAGGUAGUCACAGCACCGCUGCCUGUUCCUCUCUUCACUAGUGGUAAAUCACUGUUAUAUAGUUUCUAGUGUGAAAUAAUCUAUGUAUCAAUAAAUGGAAAUGUCUCGUAAGAGAAGGUGA